CCGCGCGCUGGCGGGCACAGGUCGGGAUGCGCCGCCGCCUCUGGCUGGGCCUGGCCUGGCUGCUGCUGGCGCGGGCACCGGGUGCCCCGGGCGGGUACCCGCAUCUGGAGGGCGACGUGCGCUGGCGCCGCCUCUUCUCCUCCACCCACUUCUUCCUGCGAGUGGACCCCGGUGGCCGGGUGCAGGGGACGCGCUGGCGGCACGGCCAGGACAGCAUUGUUGAGAUCCGCUCUGUCCGUGUGGGCACUGUGGUCAUCAAGGCUGUGUACUCAGGCUUCUACGUGGCCAUGAAUCGCAGGGGCCGCCUCUACGGGUCGCGGGUCUACUCUGUGGACUGCAGGUUCCGGGAGCGCAUCGAGGAGAACGGCUAUAAUACAUACGCCUCACGACGAUGGCGGCACCGCGGCCGACCCAUGUUCCUGGCGCUGGACGGCCAGGGCGUUCCUCGGCAAGGCGGGCGGACACGGCGGCACCAACUGUCCACACACUUCCUGCCAGUGCUGGUCUCGUCUUGAAGGGCUUGCUGAUGGCUGAGGAGGCAUGGGCAGCGGAGAAGGCCUGGAAGAUCUGGGGUUGGGCAGCCAGGUGCCCAGGCCAGAGACCCUGGGCCCACACAUGCCUUUCCUUAGGUCACAGGCUGUGUGUCUUCUGGCUGCCAGGCAGGGAAGUAUGGAGGGUCCCUCAGGCGAGGCCACUCUCAGGGGGUACACAAAACUGGCAGUUUCCAUCCAUCUAGUUUGGAGGUGAGGACAUGGCUGGGCUCAGCCUGACCUGUGCUCUGGGAACAGCAUGGAGAGGUUUGGAGGUGGGGACGCCCCAGGUGGAUGAGGAAAGUCCAGACAGGGUCAGGGAGGGUGGACACGUUGUGGAGGGCAUGGCCCAGGUUGGCGGUAAUAGCGACAUAGACCUGUGCCAUGUGGCCAGAGUAGGGUUGGAGCCCAGAGCACUUCUUGCUCUUCCAGGGGGAGUGAGUUUAUUUCUCCCACGAGGUCAUUAGUCAUGUGUAUGUCCCACUCCGGAGGAUCCAACUUCCGUUUCUGGCCUCUACCAGCACCUGUACUCAAGUGCACAGAACUUGCUCCCCAUACACAUAAAAAAGAUACACACACACUUUUUUUUUUUUUUUUUGAGAC